AUGGGGAGUAUAGCUACUCCUUACCCCUCUCCCGCCAGGCUAACAGAUAUUUAACUAAGAGAAGUGUUAUCAGCAUGUUCACUGCUGGUCAGUUUUCAACUUCCUGAGUGUCUGAAGGAGAUUUGAUCUUCUUAUUAAGUGCAUUUAGAAAUCAUUUCCCGGUGCUAUUUAAGGCCCAGCCGGCUAUGUGAGGUGGGGCGAUAAUGGCCUUUUCGACACCUUCCUACCCCUGGGGUGCGCAGCUAUCCGUGGGGAUAUCCGUGGGUAGACUAUUCUUGUCCCCAGUGCUACUCGUUCUAAAUUGGAAGAGUCGAUGUUUUCAUCCUGGAUGGCAGAAGGAUGGCCAAAAAGUUCAUGAUGUCCUAUCAUCACAAGUUUAAAACUGUGAACUCGUUGUGUUCCUUCAUAUUUCUAAGGAGGUUCUCUUUUCAAGAGAGGAUGAAUGGGCUUCAUCACUUAAUACAACCGUCAAGAACAAUUACUGCUUUUUCUUCGUCUAGAUCUAGAAAUGAACAACAAAGAUCCAUAGGAGAGUUACAGAAGAACGUUUUGCUUGUGGACGAGACAGGUAGUAAACAAGGUGAAAUGACGCUUCCAGAAGCGCGGCGCAUUGCCAAAGAAAGAUCGCUGGAACUUGUUUGGGUUAACAGGCAAGACACAAACGCCGUGCCCGUCUAUCGAAUGAUGUCCAAACUUGAAAUAAGCUUAAAAAACAAAGCUCGGUCCCUUAAACCACCGAAAACAAAGAAGAUUGAAUUAAGUGAGAAGAUCGAAUCUCAUGAUUUGGUUUUCAAGGUGAAGCACAUCCAGCAGUAUUUGGAAAAAGGCCAUCAAGUGAAACUUUCUGUUAAAAGCAAGCGUAGGACUAACGUGGAUGUCUCAGAUGAGAAGUUGGACGUCAUAAAGAAAGUACAACAAGAGAUAGAGGGUGUUAAAGUUGAAAGGCCAGUACAGGAGAGUGCGCAGGUUGUUACUUGCGUCUUUAAACCUAUUCGGAGUCCCGAUGAUAAGUCGAGUUCAUCGAAAACAUGACUGGGAAGAAAUAAGUUGAAGUGCGCGUGUACAUUAAUUGCCACACAGCUGGUGCGUUGCUUUGGCCCAUUGCAUCAUCAUCGCUCUCGAGUAGAAAGUCUUCUUCUCAGCCUGUUUGGAUAUCAGGUUUUCACAAUAUGGGGAGAUAAAAUUUAAUUGAAUGUUCAGUAAUCAAACACAAUCUAAGCUCCAAAACUGUUUUAAGUCUGCAGACAAUAGCCUCCUACACAGACACUCUUUGGGCCUGUCAUGCAAUCUUCAUCUCCCAUGUGGUGGGAGGAAGAUUGCGUGACGAUCCCAAAGAACAUCUGCGUAGGAGGCUAUGCAGACAAUAGCUUUCAUGUUGUCAGACUGCUGGUCAAGUCUACUGAGACUCAGUAAUUGAUCACAGAUUUUCUUACUACAAUUUGACUUCUGUGAUCAAUUACUGAACAGAUGUACAGCAACAUGGAAUCUAUCUGAAGACAUGAUUGAUCAUUGUGGUU